CAAGACGGUUCGGCUUGGAAAUGCUGCAGCCGCAACGUUGUACGGCGGUCCUAUUCAAUCGUCGGAACUGAUGUCGAAACAUGCUCGAAUACAUGGUUCUCCAGUGCUCCUGCCUUAUGCGAGCUAUCGGCAAGCGAUCAUUCCCUUGAGGAUCUGUGCAAGCUGUUCGUCGUAUCAGCUAAAAUGCGAUCAGCAGGGAUGAUUUCACUUGCGCGAGAGCUCUGUCUUGUACCUGGCGAUCAUUAUUGCAAGAAUUCAAACAAUGAUGGGCAGAACCUUCUGCGUUACAACGUGACCUUGGGCCUGGCAACUUGCUGCACGGCGCAAGUUACACCCUUGAUCACGAAUCUUCCAAGGAGAGCAGAUUCGAACGUUUGUCACUAUUUCGUCGUUUGUGGCACAAUCGCCAUCGCUUGUCCUGGCUACAGGCUCCGUUUUGGCAUCUUGCCGCAGCCCCGUUCCUGCUGUGUACCUUCAAAAAGCAACGAGGCGAAGCAAGUCAUUUCUCUCAUCUGCAAGCAGCCGGCGAACGAACAUCGUUUUAGCUCGCGGGAAGACGUAGGUAGCCACGCUUCGCUACUGCGGCUACCCGUCUCCAGGACGCGAAUCAGACCACGUCAGCAGACGCAGAACCCAACCCAAAAAAGCCGACUUUUUCGUACGCUUCUUAAAAGAGGAGUGAGUUUCACAGGGCAGACGCCAUGCAGCUCUCAAGAUGCUACAUCUUUUCUGGAAACGUGCCUUACGGCUGCCUGUUCCACAAAGUGCCGUGGCGCUGCCUGAAUGCGUCCAUCCGGUACCUAGGUGCCUAUCGAUACCCAUGGCACGUCAAGGUUUCCCCCGCCGCGCCAUCACUACGCGCCAAAGACAGCCUCACGUAACGUCCCUGCAAGCCUGGACUUUAUUUCCUGACACCGAGAUACAACCAUAGUUCAAGGAGCUGAAUCUUGAAGGGUCAUCAGCGCGUAUCUAUGUGCGCAUGUACGAGUUCAACAGCAGACGUGAGUCAACAUGAUACGACAACAACACU